UCUCCAAUUAUCAACAUUAGAUUACUCAAAAGCAAAAGUAAAAGUUGAAAUGAAUACUUCACCCCACUCCUACCACCUUUAAAAUCCAAGCCCACGAAAUUCCUCAGAAGCUGGCACGCUUUUGCAUUGUAAUUUUGAAGUUAAACAAAAAAAUACUUAAACUUCUCAUAUUUUAAGUUCAAGCUUUGAUUGUUUUCACAUCUCUCUGUCUCUUUUAUUUUAUCACAUCCAAAGCUGUAAACAGUACACGCCUUUACACUUUCUCACUUCUUAUUUGGACCAGUACUAAUUAUGGCAUUUGCCGCUAUUAUUUCCAAUCUCAAUUUUCUCCCAAAGCAUCACUGCCACUAAUCAUUCCAUGGGUUAUCUUUCUAAUUGCAAUGCAGACUCUGCAAUUGCUACUUGCGAUCCCUACACCUGGCCGGAGUACCGCAGAAGUAAACGGAAAAACAAACCCAAAACCACCAGAUCGUCAUCCUCAUCAAACAAACCCAUUCCUAUCCGACACUUUACCUACGAUCAACUUGUUAAAGCCGCCAAUGGAUUCUCUGCAGACAGCUUUCUCGGCAAAGGAAGCCAUGGUACUGUCUACAAAGCCGUUCUUGACGACGGCAAACUAAUAGCCGCCGUCAAAAAAGCAUAUCCGAACCAGUCAAUCACCAUCCAUUCCAAUCAUAACUGUAACAGUAACAUUAACUGCUCCACGUGUUCUACACCAGCUGAAAACGAGAUUGAGAUUUUGUCCAAAAUUCAACACCCGCGUCUCGUCAAUCUCAUUGGCUAUUGCUCCGACGCCAAACAUCACCGUAAACUACUUGUCGUUGAGUAUAUGCAAAAUGGUAAUCUAUGCUCGCUUUUACACUCCACCUCCAAACCCCCCGGUUGGACCAGGCGGAUCCGGUUCGCUCUACAAGUGGCAAAAGCGGUUCAGGCUUUACACACGGCCCGACCGCCGAUUAUUCACAGAGACAUCAAAUCAUCUAAUGUCUUAAUAGACGAGAAGAUGAAAGCACGGUUGGGUGACUUCGGGCUUGCGCUGAGAGGCCACGUGGAGGAUGUGCGCGUCAAAUGCACGCCUCCGGCUGGUACGUUAGGAUAUCUUGAUCCCGGUUAUCUGGCUCCCGGCGAUAUAAGCUGUAAGAGUGACGUGUUUAGCUUUGGAAUCUUACUUUUGGAAAUUAUUAGCGGUCGAAAUGCGAUCGAUGUGAAAUACAGUCCUCCUUCCAUCGUUGACUGGGCGGUUCCGUUGAUAAAAAGAGGCGAUUCCUCAGCGAUCUGUGAUCAUCGUAUCGGUUCGCCGGUGGAUGCCGGAAUGAUAAAGGUUUUGAGUGUUUUGGCUGCCAGGUGUGUGAGAUCAACGGCUGAGAGGAGACCUGGGAUGGGAGAAGUAGUGGAAGGAUUAAAAUACGUGAACAGAAGAUAUAACGCGCCGCUGUUAUGGAAUAGAUUGAGGAGGCGCGUGGAAGAUAAGCCGAAGUUUGAUAGAGUUGUUGAUUUAACAGAAGAGCGUGUUAAUGUUAAUAAAACGGUGAGGAAUGGGAGUAGGAGAAAUAGCAAAGUAUCGAGUGUAGAGUAUGGGAAAGGAAUGAUUGGUGAGCGGGUAAUGAGAUCAAAAUCAACCGGGUCCCGAUCUGAUGAUUAUUACCAUGGAAGAAUCAAGGCCGGAGGAGGCGUGGCGGUCAAACUUCCGAUGAUAAAACUUAGCAAGUCAAGGUCAGUGGGUGUAUUGCAGAGUCCGACCGUUGUACAAUGCAGUAGUAAUUAUUGUACAGAAAUUGAAUCCCCUUUUUCAAAAAUGCUGAUUGGAUCGGACGAGAAUUCUCAGCUAGAGAUGCAGGGGAAGCCAUUAAUUUUCAUCUAAUUUUAUUUUUUCAGAAGACAAAGAGUGAAAUUUAAAUUUUAAGUUUAUUCUGUUCAAAUGUAACUUUAUUUUGAACAUGAUUUUAUAUUUUACUGUCA